GAAGUUAAACAUCAUGCAUACGAAACAAAAAGUGCAAUUUUUCUAAAUUAUAGUCUGGACUAGAUCUAGAUUAUAUAGAUCUAGAAUCUAGAUGUUGACUAGACAUAGAUCUAGUUAAUAUCUACAUCCUAGAUCAGACUCAAUAAAAGUAAAGUCAGUACACUGUCUACAGAUCACAAUAGAUUCUACACGUAACUCACACUCACAGUAUCAUGAGUAUGUGAGUAACUGUCGUAACACAGUCUUGACUCGUCUUGAGUCUUAGUGUCUACACUCUAGACUAGAGUCACUCUAGUCACUAGUCUCUCUACACCACAGCACACUUACAGUUACAGUGACUUACUCAGUUACUGAUUACUGACUAGUCUAGUUAGUUACACUCACUGUCACUGUGAUUGUGAAGACACUGAAGUGACUGUGACUCUCUUAGACUUAGAGUUAAGUUAGAGUGACUUAGACUCUCUACACUCUUAGUCAGUGAGUAAUAAUAGAACAGUGUAAGUUUAACUAAAAGUAAAUCUAGAUCUAGUGAAAUCUAGUCAUUUCUACACAGUGAUUUUAACUAGAUCUACAUCAUGUCAAGUGCACCAUUAGAAGAAGAAGAUGAGUUUGAGAUGCAGUUAAGGCAAGAGGAGCUUGCUAGACUAGCGAAGGAAGAAGGGGAGACACUGUCACAUGGUUUGACAUACACAGAUGAAGAUGGUACUGUCAUGGAGUGGGAUCCAGAAAGACGAGCUUAUUUUCCUAAGAUUGAUACUGACUUUCUGGCUCAGUACCAAAUGAACUAUGGCAUUAACUAUGGGGAUACUAGUGAUCUCACUGAAGAGCAGAAACAGGCCCAGUACAAUGAAUACUGGAAAAACUACUAUGAUGUUAUCAGUAAGGAACAACCAGCCCUUCCCAAGCUGGAUGAAGAAGGCAACGAGGUGGAAGAGGAGAAGGUUGAGGGUGACAGUAAGCCAGAGAACAAGAGCCAGCCAGCACCUGAAGCAGCAGCAACAAAGGAGCAGAUAGGAGAUCCUACAUCAGAUGAACACUACGAGUACAACUUGUACUACUUUGGUCAAGAAUAUGCUGAUGCCUACAGGGAUUACUACAGGCAACAUCCUGAUGCUGAGGUUUUGCCAGACUUUAUAUCACAGAGGACAUCAGCUGCUCCUCAGACAGACAACAAAAAGAAGAAGAAAGAAGCCAAGGGUGAAAAGAGGAAAGAAAAUCCUGCAGAAGUGGGUUGGUUUGAAAUAAACCCAGAGUCCUCCACACAGCUCUAUGUUACAGGGCUACCUUUAGAUAUCACUGAAGAUGAGUUCAAAGAUGUGCUCAGUAAAUGUGGCCUUAUUAUGUUUGAUCCUCUUACUAAGAAACCAAAGUUUAAGUUAUACAAAGACAGAGAUGGCAACCUAAAGGGGGAUGGAUUGUGCACAUAUAUAAAGCCAGAAUCAGUGAACCUAGCUCUUCAAAUUUUAGAUGGAAUGGACAUCCGAGGUAAUAAAAUCAGUGUAGAGAGAGCCAAGUUUGAGAUGAAAGGAGAGUUUGACCCGUCUAAAAAGAAGAAAAAACUCAACAACAAAGCCAAGCAGAAAUUGAAAGAGAGACAGCAGAAGCUGUUUGACUGGAGACCUGACAAACUUCCAUUCCAGAGAGCCAAACACGAGAGAAUUGUUAUACUCAAAAACAUGUUCAACAUAAGGGAAUUUGAAGAGAAUCCAGCCUUGAUAAACGAACUCCGCGCUGAAGUCCGAGAGGAAUGUCAGAAGUUUGGGGAAGUGACCAAAGUUGCCCUCUACGACCGCAACCCGGAGGGUGUCAUGUCUGUCACAUUCAAAGAGCCGGAGGAAGCCGACAAGUGCAUCGCGGCGCUCAACGGGCGCUGGUUCGCCCAGAACCGAGUUGUGGCCUUCACCCACGACGGCAAGACAAAGUAUGACGUGGUGGAGACGGAGGAAGAGAGAGCCAAGAGGCUGCAGGACUGGGAGGCCUACCUGGAGGGCAAGAAGAAGAAAGAGGCGGAGGAGGAAGCUGAGAGGGUAGCUGUGACAGAAGAGAUGGGAGAUGAGGUUGCCGUUGUCCCUGAGGAAACUGAGACGGAGAGUCUUGGGUUCAACCCCAAUGAUGGCGGCGAUAUGACUGCAAGUGACUCUAAUGACAGUUUGGUACUGGCACGUUCAGGUCAAGAUGAUAAUAUUGAAAGUAGUGACCUAGCAUCAGUAGAUAGCUAGACAUUACGGCACAGUAAUCAGCAUUGAUAGAUUGGAGAGACACUUACAUGAAUUAGACUCCAACCUCUGAUAUGUGUCGCUCUGGCAACACACUUAGAUAGACACUUGUGUAGAGAGUGCAGAAUACUUCCAGCACUAUCUCUACAUUCACUUGUUACAUAUGUGUUACAUUCGCUUCUCAAAUAGAGAAUUUUUGUAAUUAUUAAAUUUCUUUAGUCUUUAAAUAAAGAUCACCCCCUAUUGAUGACAGUAAAUCAUUGUGUGACAUAAUAGGUGUCUCAUCACUAGGAGUAGAAAUGGUAGGCCAACUAUCAGCUCUGAUGACUACUUAGGAAACUUUUAUAUUGUAAUGAAAUCUCCUCUCCCUGUAAGAAUCCGCCAGUAAAGUCCAGAAGAGCUCGUGUAGGCAGAUUGUAUAAGUGUAUUGGAAUCAUUGAGGAUUCAUAGAAUACAUUGGCCUGACACUUUUUUUUUUUAUCAACAACUUAUGAUAUUUGUAUAAGCUGCCUAGGAUUGUGUUCAUACUGUUAUUGUUACUCGCUGUUCUCUCAUAGAGUAAUUGUUAUGACAUGACUGGAAUACUUUGUUUUUAAAUGUCAAAUGUUGUGUUGAUUUUAUUUCAUGUAAUAAAUAAAAAGUAACAAACAA